GAGUCGAAGAUAUCUUGCUACUGUUGAUCCAGUUGAAGAUGAUGAAUAGACACAAAGAAUUUUAUGCAAAGCAUGUUCAACACAAGGAUGAAAAAUGGAAGGAUAUAUUACACAAGCGUUUUAUGGAGGCUAUGAAGUCAAAACGAACUGAAUUUAUUGAUCAUUUGAGAAAUAUUCAUAAUUCAGAACCGAGAAAUUUAACCGAUGAAAUACUUCUUCAGGAGAAACGUGAACUUUUAAAAAGUUUAAUUGCUGAUAGUGAAACGGAACAAUUAGAUGUGGAUAGUUUAAUCGAGCUGCAAGACAGAGUUUUGGACGAAUUAUCAACAGAAAUUGAUGAUUAUUUAAAUCCAGAAUUUUGGAUUAAUCCAGAUAAUUGUGUAGAAAAUUUUUGCCAUACAAAUGAUGAGAAUCCAGUAGUCUGUCCUAUAUGCCGAAAUGGUUAUUUAUCGUUGUCAGGAACAGUUCUCACCUGUCCUUCGUGUAAAUUAAAUUUGGAUACUCAGACUGAUAGUCUCAAUCUUUCAACGAUUGGUGAUAGUUUAUCCGAUGCUGAAAAGAAACAUAAUGCCUCCGGUUGUUCUGACACCUUACACGCUUGGCUUAUUGAUCAGAAUACACAGUGUCAGUCAAAUAUGCAAUCUUGUAGUCUCAGUGAAGAUCUUAUUUCUAAAGAAAUGAUCACAUUACUAUGUAUUGGAUGUGAUACAUGUUCAUUCAUGGAAGUGGUUGUUUAAUAAAGUGUAAAAAAACUUUGAAUUAUUUAUUAGUGUACAUGUCGAUCUCUGGAGUUUUUGUUUGUUCACAAACUAUCUAUACCUAUUCAGAUGUUUCCAGAUCUCCUUAUUCCUAUUAUUUUAUGAACAGGUUUAUUUGUGAUGUGAGAGUUCAUGAUACUUCUUCUAGGUUGAUAAGUCUUAUUUUCUAUUUUUGCAUUUCUGAAUGGUCAGUUUAUCUUCAAUCAUUCAGUCAUUAUUAAUACUGGUGUUGUUAUUUUUUUGUCAAAGUGAAAUCAAGGAGACUUGUACAAUUGGUGUGAAUUUUAAAUUACAAUAACUUACCAAAAUUCAUAGAUAUCUAUAUAUGUGUUAGAAAGAAUCUGUAAUAAAGGCUAUUCGGAAGAAA